GAGGGCGGAGUCCGCGCUGGCGCCCGCCGAGGGAGGGGGCGCUGUGGCCCGGGAGUCCGGCGCUCCCUCAGGCCGCGGACGCGAUGCUGGAGGCUGCGGGCCGGGCGGCGGGGUCGGCGGGGAUGUGACGCGCCGCCGCCGUCCCUCGCCUGUCGCCUGGCCGUCCCGGGACCUGCAGGGGGCAGGGUCAGCCGCCGCCGGGCCGUGACCGAGGACGAGGCGGCCAAGCGGACCUCCCCGCACGUUUGGUGGCAGCAGUGAUAUCUCAAGGAACCAUCUAGUCACAGUUGUGAACGGGGAGGAAUACAGACAUUGGAGCAGAGAAUCUGGUUGAGUUCUCUUUCUUUCUUCCCAAGUCCUGAGGAAGACCUUAGAUUCUGCCAGAAUUUAAGAACAAAUGCACCUAUAGCUCAUGGAAGAAAAAACACAAAUCAAGACAUUUUUGGGUUCCAAGUUGCCAAAGUAUGGAGCAAAAUCUGUAAGAAGUACUCUGCAGCCAAUGCCAAAUGGGACAGCAGUUAAUUUACUGGGAUCUUCCAAGAGCAGCAAUGUCAGAAGUUAUAUCAAAAACAAUGGCCCUGGUUGCCCUUCCUCACAUUCAUUUAGUUGGAGAACGACGAAUAAAUACCAACGUAGUGCCCAAAGUACUGAACAGUCUAAUAGCUCUCAAAGUUCACAUGAUAAAGUAACUGAUCCUGAAAAACAGGCACCUACUCAUGGAAUGUUUGACAAAAAUGGGAUAAAGGGAGGUUUGAAAAAUGUUUCCUUACUCACAUCAAAGUUAGUAAAGCCAUCCACUAUGUUUGUAUCAUCUACAGAGGAGUUAAACCAAAAGUCUUUAUCUGGGCCAUCUAAUUUGGGUAAAUUCACUAAAGGAACAUUAUUAGGAAGGACUUCAUAUUCUUCAGUCAGUGCUCCCAAACCACAGUUUAAUGGAUUUUAUGGAAAUCGGUCUGCUAGUAGUAUUCAGAGACCUAGAGCAAAUUCCUGUGCCACUAGAAGCAGUUCUGGAGAAAGCUUAGCACAAUCCCUAGACAAUAUUAAAUCUAUUACUUGCGAAAAAAUGGUAAGGUCUCAGAGCUUUUCACAUUCCAUUCAGAAUUCAUUCCUUCCACCUUCAUCUAUAACUCGAUCACAUUCCUUCAAUAGAGCGGUUGAUCUUACAAAGCCUUAUCAGAACCAACAGCCACCUAUUAGAGUGCCUCUAAGGUCAAGUAUGCUAACAAGAAACUCCAGGCAAUCAGAAGUACUCAAUGGGAAUGAACAUUUAGGAUAUGGAUUUAAUAGACCCUUUGCUGCUGGUGGAAAGAAGUUGACUUUAUCAAACGGCCCAGGCAUAACUUCCACUCUGGGUUAUAGGAUGAUUCAUCCCUCUCUACUGAAAUCUAGCCGGCCUCCAUUUUCUGGGAAUAUCACAGUGGACAGUAAUAGAAAUUCACAUGCUGACACGUGUGUGGAGGAUGAUGCUGCACUUUUGGUUAAGGAUGAAGCUAUUGAAAAGGACCAAGAACUAAUUGAAAACGAUAGUUACAGAACAGAAAACGACCAGACCACAAAGAGUGAUGCUAAAAUGAGAUACUUGAGUGACGAUGUAGAUGAUAUUUCAUUGUCUUCUUUGUCAUCUUCUGAUAAGAAUGAUUUAAGUGAAGAUUUUAGUGAUGAUUUUAUAGAUAUAGAAGACUCCAACAGAACUAGAAUUACACCAGAGGAAAUUUCUCUCAAAGAAGAAAAGCAUGAAAAUGUUCCAGCCAAGGAUAUAUGUGAUUCCCCUAAGGAAAAUGAGAAAUCCUUCACCAAAACUGAUGAAUGGAUAGAUAUAAGUGUCUCUGACAGGAGUGAAUGCCCAAAACAUACUUCUGGGAAUAACUUGAUUUCACCUGAUACAGAUUACAGAGCUGGCUCUUCAUUUGAACUUUCUCCAUCUGAUAGCUCUGAUGGAACAUACAUGUGGGAUGAAGAGGGUUUGGAGCCCAUUGGAAAUGUCCACCCUGUUGGAAGCUAUGAGUCUUCUGAAAUGAACAGCAUAGAUAUUCUGAACAAUCUUGAAUCUUGUGACUUGGAAGAUGAUGACCUUAUGCUUGAUGUGGAUCUGCCUGAGGAUACACCUCUUGAAAAUGUGGAGUGUGACAAUAUGAACCGCUUUGACCGAUCAGACAGAAAUGUUCGACAGUCUCAGGAAGGAUUUUGGAAAAGGCCGCCCCAGAGGUGGAGUGGGCAGGAACAUUACCACCUCAGCCAUCCCGACCACUAUCAUCACCAUGGGAAAAGUGACCUGAGCCGAGGCUCUCCUUAUCGAGAUUCUCCUUUGGGUCAUUUUGAAAGCUAUGGAGGGAGUCCAUUUUUCCAGACUCAGAAGAUGUUUAUAGACGUACCUGAAAAUACGGUGGUUCUGGAUGAGAUGACCCUUCGGCACAUGGUUCAGGAUUGCACUUCUGUAAAAACUCAAUUACUCAAACUGAAGCGUCUGUUGCAUCAGCAUGAUGGAAGUGGUUCCUUGCAUGAUGUUCAACUCUCAUUGCCAUCCAGUCCGGAACCAGAGGAGAGUGAUCAAAUAGUUAAGAAUGAAGAUUUAUUAAAUGAAAUAAAACAACUUAAAGAAGAAAUAAAGAAAAAAGAUGAAAAGAUCCAACUGUUAGAACAUCAGCUUGCUACUCGGUGUAACUGUCAUCAAAAUUCUCAAGAGGAAAAAUGCGCAUAUGUCGAUAAAUAUACUCAAACACCCUGGAGAAGAAUUUCUCCUCAAGUACUACAGCCUUCCAGCAGCCUUCCCCGACCCACAGACCACGCCCAGGGAAAACUAAUAAAACCACAACAUACCGAGGUCCACAGUGAACAUACAGUCCAGGGUACACAUCAUGGUGUUGCACGUCUGGACAGAAGCUUUAUCCCCAGCUUGAAGCAAGAAAGCAACCAGGGUCUGGAAGAACGUCCUUUUUCUGAAGGUCUUCAGUUCACUAAGGACGAGGCUAUGGGUGCAUCUUCUGAAGCAAACACGAACACGAACGUGGAUGCUCAAAAGCCUUAUCAUUUGGCAAGUAAUCAAAGUAGUGAUGAGCAGUUGGUACACACUUCUCUUCAGACACCCCCCCAGUCAAGUAUGGCAGACCAGGCUAAGAGAGUUGGAAGAAAUCAUUCUUCACCAGAGGGCUACGCGCACCAGCCCCAGUCCUCGCAGCAUUUUAAGCCAUCCAAGUUGAACUCUUUGGUACCUACUCCAGUUUCUGAAUCAUCACCAAGUAGAACUCCCACUUGUACGAUGUCACCAAUGAUCACACCAUGUGAUUCAGCAAAACUUCAGCCAACAUCUAGUCAAAUAAGUCUUGCAAAUUCAAAAGUAUCUAAGCUCCGUCCCCCUUCUAGCUCUUUCAAACAAAAACAACUGGGCUCCCCACGAGUUGAACCUCAAAAUUUCCAGGCCAAGACAAGCAUUCCAAGGCCACUAAUGAGAAGAAAAGAAAUCAUGCAGAAUCCAAAUGGCAGUUUGAAUUCUGGGGAUUGUUUGGCCUCUAAUCGUUAUUCUCGUCUUCCUAAACCAAAGAUGCAUUAAGUAUUUAGCCAUCACCUGCAAAUUUGCUUUGUUCUUAAAAAAAAAAAUCUGUUGUAUAAUAGCAUAUAAUUUGCUACUAUGAUGCAGGUUCCAUUGAGAGCUUGCAAAUCUUAAAAUUAAAAUAUGGAAACAUACUAGUUUGACUCUUCCAUUUUAUAUCCUGGUUGAAAUACAUAGCAUUUGUCUCAGGUAAACACAGAAGUUUGCUUACCUAUCUCAGAAGCAUAUAGAAGACUUCAAUCAUAUUAUCUAUCCCCUGCACAUCAGGAAACUAUAUUCCAUUUAGCAGGCAAGAAAUGUGUGUUGCUAAUGCAGUCCUUCUAGGUCUGUUUUAACUGUGAUUCUCACCCUUUUCUUUCAUGUGUCCCUCAUGUAAAUAUGGCUACUAUUUUAACUAAAGAUUUGGUGAUAAUGGAAGACGAUAGUUGGUAAGCAGAGUUCUGGCCAGUGAUUUGUAUAUUUAAAAGGUCUAUGCAAAGCUCUGUAAUAAAGGAGAUCAGUCUUUUAAUGAGGAGUCUAUAAAAGUUUUAUAUAUUUUUUUUCUGGGAUCAGGAAGCUAGUAGUCUCAAUAUUUGUUUAUCAGUCAGAUUGCCCACACUUAAAAUGUUUCGUAUAACAUAUGAACUUAUGUUGCUUGAACAUCUUGUUUUAUAUACAUACACACCUGUCAUACCCCAGUUUUUAAUUGUUUUUGCUUUUGGAUACAUUUGGAAAGCUUGAGAUAAAGUUUGAAUCCUUAUACCUAAAGGUAUUUAUUUAUAAAUAUAUGUCAGUGAAGGUUUUCCUAGUGAUUUAGUUUUGAGCUUAUGGAUCCAUUUUAAAGUUUCACUGCAUAUAUUUUAAAUGGUUUUUAUUGUAAUAUUUAUAUUUAUUGAAUUACUGCUAUUAUCCGAAGACUGGAAGGAAUAGAUUUGAAAUGUUUGCACAAACCUCUGAUGGGCUAUAAAUAACCAUACAGAUGAUUUUAAGGCUAUUUUCUAUAGUAAAGCAAGUGAAGAUAUUUUGAGAAUAAUCAUAAACUUAUUUAAGACCUACUCUAGAGAAAAGCAGAAUUCAUGAUAGUUUUAUUGCUGUUUCUUUCCCCGCAAGUUUUCUAGGCUUCCCUUUUAUGUUUAUUCACUUUGACAGUUUCUUGAAAAGUAGAUUGGGAAGAAAAGUACAGUUGGAGAGAACACACUGUAACUUAUAAAAAAAGUAAUAGAAGAUAAGUCUAGGGAAAUACGCUAAUUUAUUUUAAUGUGCUGUGAAAGUAGCUGUGGAACCUUCCAGGAACCAUAUCUACUAACCUAAUCAUGCUCAGGCCCACUCAUGAGCUAGGUCAGUAAAUUUCUCCUCCUUUUCUCCAAAAUCAUGUCAGUCUUAGACUUCACCUAUAAUGCUUUAAAGUUAAUGCUUUAAUUGAAGUGAAUGUUUUUUCAGACAGCCUUUUAGAAAUUUAAUUUUUGUUUUGAUCCGCUGAGCAAAGAUGUGUUAAGAGGAAUUCUGGCCAACAACCUCAAAUUUCUGGAAAAUUUUCUUUUUUUGUCAGGGAUUGAACCUAGGGUCUCAUGCCUUUGCUCUGCCACUGGAGUACUCAAGGAAUUCCUUUCAAACACACACAUUGGUGACACAUCUCUCUUUUCCAUUGCCUUUUGGGGCCAUGACUGACUGCUCAGGGGCUGUUCCCAGCACAUUGGCCAGGUGUGACUCCCAGCAGUACUGGGGGACGACACAGUGCUCGGGAUCAAAUCAGGCCUCCUGCAUGCACUGCCUGUGCACUUAGCCCCUUUGAGCUAUCUGCCUGGCCCUGUCUCCAUUUUUCCCCUUUUCUUUUUCUUUCUUUUUUUUUUUUAAUUUUGUAUUUAUAAUUACUUUUGUUUUUGUUUGGGGGCCACACCCGGCAGUGCUCUGGGCUUACUCCUGACUGUACUCAGGAAUUACUCCUGGUGGUCAAGGGACCAUAUGUGGUACCCAGGGUCAAACCUGGGUCAGCCACAUGCAAGUCAGAAUGCCCUACUGCUGUACCAGUGCUGCCGCCUCCUCUGUUUACCUUUUAAGAGCACUAAAGCUGGUGCUUUAAUGGAAAUUUACGAAGAGAUGUUUGUUACCAUUUAGGCUUAAUGUGCCUUUAUCAGGAAAAGCAUUUCAGUGAAUUUACCAUUCACUAGAUACACAACGUUCUUGAUAAGAGGUAAACGACACAAAUUCGACUAAUUUCAUUCCACGGCAUUCUGUGGAGAAACACUAAAAUUCUGAAAGUUUUUUCAUAGCCCAAAUAUUAUUUAGUAUAAAGUGGCCAGACAUGUAGAGUGCUUGUUUGUUCAUAAAAGUGCAUUGUGAUAACAGCAGCCAUAAGUGAGUACACAUGGUCUUCCAUUGUGAAAGAGAAAACUGAUUAUAUAUAAUGCAAAUUGAAUAUAUCACACUAUAUUUCCCUAAUGUAAAACAGACCCAUAAGCUAUUAGGUUUUGGUUUAUUUAGAAGAAGGGUAGACUCUCAACGGAACAUUAUUUACAAGUAGGCCUUUAUUUUUAUGGCAAACUC